AUGUCUGCGUUCCAACCACCACGUCAUUCCUGUCGAUGGACUAGAGGAGGUCGUAAGGGGCUGGGUGGAAUGUGCAAGACAUCAACACAUUUCAACGACGAACCGGGAUUCAUCUCCAAUGAAUUUUUGGAAUGUCUUUUUAUCAGACUUGAUUCAUCGCGGGCCUAUAAUGGCUGGGGAGCAUCGAGAACUCUUUUGAUUUUUGAUACGAGGGAGUUCGAGACUUCAGUGAAAUGCGAACCG